UAAAUUAACACAAACCAAUCGGCAACGAUCACCCCACCCUCCUCUCUUCUGACCACAUCUUCCAUCAAAACAGCCAAAGCGAGCAUUGCAGACGACGUGCAUCCCACGCCUCCCUCCUUCAAGAACCCACCGACGCGCCCGCUGCGGUCCUCCAUGACCGCAAUGGCCAGUGCCGUCGUCCCCGAGUCCGCCUCCAGCCCAUCCUCCCCUCGCCCCGCCAUCACCCUUAGCCAGCCCAAGAAGAAGCGACCGGCCGUCAAGAAUGUCAAGGCCAUCCGCGCCAUCCGAUCUCUCUUCCGGUCCUUCCCCAUCCUAACCCCUGCCUGCCGCUUCCAUGCGACCCUCCCCCGCUGCAGCCGCGCGGCCGACGGCCACAUCAGCGGCGCGACCCGCACCACCGGCACCCUCUUCGGCCACCGAAAGUCCCGCAUCACCCUCGCCAUCCAGGAAAACCCCCGCGGCGUCCCCAUCCUCCUCCUCGAGCUUGCCAUCCCCACCGGCAAGUUCAUGCAGGAGAUGGGCUCCGACCAUCUCCGGGUCGCGCUGGAGUGCGAGAAGAAGGCCGCCGACAAGACGAAGCUGCUCGAGGAGCCACUGUGGACGGCGUUCGUCAACGGGCGCAAGAUCGGGUACGGCGUCAAGCGGGAGCCCUCGGAGAAGGAUUUGGAGAUAAUGCAGCUGCUCUACACCGUGUCCACGGGCGCAGGCGUGCUCCCCGACCACAUGACCGACGCCGUCGAAGGAGAGACGACGUACAUGCGGGCCUACUUCGACAAGGUGGUGGGAAGCAAGGACUCGGAAACGCUUUACAUGCUCAACCCAGACGGGAACAGCGGGCCUGAGCUGAGCAUCUUCUUCGUUAGGGUAUGACACCUGCAUCUAAAGUAUACAGUUUUAGAUGUCUACGGAAGCAAACAUGAAUGUUUACUUCGGCUUUAGAACAACAAAUGUGGGAGCAUUUAAGUUGCUUUACAUAUGGCAGAAUACGAAAGCUACACAUUAGCAUCAGUGAUUUGUACGUUGUUGUUCAAUUUGUUUAUGUAAAAUUAUCAUAGGAAGGGAGAUGUCAAUGAUCGUCUGUGAGAACAUUUUGAAACUUUGAGGUCAUCAAGAUGAACGAAACAAAGAAUAUUAAAAUAAGAAUCAUUCGUCUAACGGAGUAAAUUAC